AUGAGAAAUCCGGUAAUUCUUAUGGAUAUGAAUGCAAAACGGCAAUUGGGUCGAAAGGCACAAGUAUCUAAUAUUCAUUCAGCAAAAACUGUAGCUGAUAUCAUUCGAACUUGCCUAGGACCCAAUGCAAUGUUAAAAAUGAUACUUGAUCAAAUGGGAGGGGUGCUUCUUACAAAUGAUGGACAUGCUAUCCUUAGAGAAAUAGAAGUUGCACAUCCAGCAGCAAAAUCUAUGAUAGAGUUAAGUCGAACUCAGGAUGAAGAAGUUGGAGAUGGAACAACUACUGUUAUUGUAUUAGCUGGGGAAUGUUUAAUUCAUUCUCUUCUACAUCUUGAACGAAAUAUUCAUCCAGUUAUUGUAAUAUCUGCAUUUAAACAUGCUCUUGCAGAUGCUCUGAGCAUAAUUGAAGAGAUUUCUCAGAAAGUAAAUACGAAAAGCGAUAAGGAGAUGAAUGAGCUUAUAAAUAUAUCUAUUGGAACAAAAUUUAUAAACCGCUGGAGUGAUUUGAUGUGUAAACUUGCCCUUAAAGCAGUACGCAUCGUUGAAAACAAUGUUGACGGAAAACAUGAAAUAGAUAUCAAACGCUAUGCAAGAGUUGAAAAAAUUCCUGGAGGGGAAAUUAACCAAAGUGUUGUUUUAGAUGGAAUUAUGCUAAACAAAGAUGUUACCCAUCCUAAAAUGAGGAGAAAAAUCGAAAAUCCUAGAAUUGUACUUUUAGAUUGUCCUUUAGAAUAUAAGAAAGGGGAAUCGCAAACAAACAUUGAAAUAACUAAAGAUGAAGAUUGGAAUAGAAUUUUACAAAUUGAAGAAGAACAAGUACGGCAGAUGUGUGAAGCAAUUUUAGCUCUUAAGCCAGACAUUGUUUUUACUGAAAAAGGUAUAUCAGAUCUCGCUCAACAUUUUUUUUUGAAAGCAAAUAUUACGGCUAUUCGUCGUGUUCGAAAGUCUGAUAAUAACAGGAUUGCUCGUGCUGUUGGUGCAACUAUUGUGAAUCGAGUAGAAGAUCUUCGUGAGAAUGAUGUAGGAAAAGAUUGCGGUUAUUUUGAAAUAUCAAAGAUUGGUGAUGAAUAUUAUACUUUUUUAACCAAAUGCAAAAAUCCUAAAGCAUGUACUAUUUUACUACGUGGUCCUUCCAAAGAUAUUAUUAAUGAAAUUGAACGUAAUUUACAAGAUGCUAUGUGUGUCGCUCGAAAUGUUCUUUUUUAUCCAAAACUUUCUCCUGGUGGUGGUGCAACUGAGAUGGCUAUUAGUGUUAGAUUAUCAGAGAAAGCGAAAUCCAUUGAAGGAAUAAUUCAAUGGCCAUAUAAAAGUAUCGCAGAUGCUAUGGAGGUUAUUCCUCGGACAUUAGUACAAAAUUGUGGUGCAAAUCCAGUAAAAGUGUUAACGGAAUUAAGAGCAAAGCAUGUCAAUGGACAACAUUCAUGGGGAAUUGAUGGUGAAACCGGAAAAGUAGUAGAUAUGCGUCUCUAUGGUAUAUGGGAGCCACAAGCUGUAAAGGCACAAUCUAUAAAAACCGCAAUUGAAAGUGCAUGCCAUCUAUUAAGAGUUGAUGAUAUUGUUAGCGGUAUUAAAAAGCCAAAAGAAAAAGGAAGUUCUGUAGUAGAGACACAAAACAUCUCUGAAAAAGAUAUUGAAAACCAAAAUGAAUAAUAUAUUAAAUUUCGAG